AAUUAACAUAUCAAAUAUUUUAAUAUACUUCAUAAAUAACAUUUUUAAAUAUUUUUUUAGGUGUUUUGAAAAGGACGAGGAUGAGACAUCUGUAGAAUUUCACGAUUUAAGUGCUAUUUUAAUUACAGACUAUAUAGAAGAUACGAAUACAGAAAAUUUACUUAUUCUUCCGCCACAUCAUAGAUGUGCCAGUCACACUUUAAAUCUUGUCGCGGUGAAAGAUUCCGAGAAAGCUAUAGAUAAUGAUGUUUUAUACAAGAAACUAUACAGAUUGACAUUUGCCAAAUUAACCAAAUUAUGGAAUAAACAGAAUCAAUCUACACAAGUAGCUGAUAAAACAAAAGAAAUUUGCAGUGUCUACUUAAAAACUCCUGUUAUUACAAGAUGGAACUCCACUUUUGAUUCCAUACUGCAAAUAAUAACACUUUUGAAAAAUGAUCCCGAAAUAAUUAACAAAUGUCUCGAUUACUGUAAUUUGCAAAGACUGACAGAAAAUGAAAUUAAAUUCAUAGAAGAAUAUUGUCAGGUAAUGAAACCUGUAUCGCAAGCCUUAGAUAUAUUGCAAGGUGAGACAGGAAUGUAUAUGGGAUAUUUAUUACCGGUCUUGAAAACUGUAAAAGAAAAAUUAGAAACACUGAACAAAAGUGGAUUUACGCAUUGCCAAUCACUAAUCGCAGCAGUUCAACAAGGUUUAGAUAAAAGAUUUUCCACAUUAUUUGAGAAAAAAGAGCUUAUUAUUGCAAGUUGUUUGCAUCCAAAAUUUAAAUUAAAUUGGAUAAAUGGAGAAGAAAGGAAACUCGCUAAAAAUUACUUGGAAGACUUAUUAGGAAUCCGUUCUGCUGAGAAUUCCCCAAAUCUUAAUGAAAAACUCGAUAACUGCGAUGACUUUUUUACUUUUGAUCAGCAAACAAAAGAAAUUGAGUCUACACAAGAAGAAUUGUAUCGAUUCUUAAAAUCGAGUAACUGCAAUAUUGGUAUGUUAAAUGAUUAUACUACAAUUAAAAAACAUUUUAUUAAAUACAAUACGGCACUUCCGAGUAGUGCAUUCGUUGAACGAAUGUUUAGCGUCGGUGGCUCUGUAAUAACGCCACAAAGAGGACAUCUUCACGAUGACAUAAUCAAGUAUCAAAUCCUUUUAAAAAUUAAUAAAAAUUUUUAUUAACAUUUUAGAUAUUAAAUCGUUUAACCGACUUUAAUCUUGAUGUUCGAUAAAUACAUAUAACAACCGUUUAUAAAGUGAGUUUGCUAGAUAUAAGUUUCACCUGCGUGUACUUUUAUUUUCUGAAAGUAAUUUUAUGUAUGAAGCAAAAAAUAUUUUAUUUCUUCGAGUUGUAUGUCAGUUUGCAAAAUGGCGAGAAAUAAAUGAAAUUUCCAUUUUUGUUAGCGCGCGUAAGUACUCUUAUGUAUAUAAUGAGAUGUCUCGAUUAAAGAAAUCAACUCGACUCGAGAUUGCGUUUCGUGUUUCUUAAACAAGUGUUUCGAUCGAUCGCAAAUGAAACUAAUCACUAAUGCAACCUCGAUCAUUCUCGACACACCGCUUUUAUUACUAUUCUCUUCGAGAUAUUUGCGUCUAAUAACCUUCUUUAUAGUGUAACAUUAUUAGUACUUAUAAUGUAACAUUAAUGUAAUUAUAUAAAUAAUAAAUCAAUAUAUUUAGAAAGCAUAUUUAUAUGAUUUAAUUUUUAUACCUCUACAAGAUUGUUAUUGAAUCUUUAUCCCUGUGUAGAUGUGAUAUUUGUUUUCAUUGCAAGAAAGUAACUGCAAAGUAACGACUCGUUACUUUUUGAAUAACUGUAACUGUAACGCGUUACUUUUCAGAAUCGGUAACUUGUAACUGUAACUAGUUACAUGUUUAGUGAAAAAACUGUAACUGUAACUAGAUACUUUUAUAAAGUAACUUUCCCAACCCUGAUUUUGAUACGUAAAUAUAUCAAGUUUCGUAGAAUUGUACGUUGAAGUUUAGACAGUGGAUAGAAAAUUCAACUUUUUUUCGGCAACUUUGGGGAGCUCUAGCUCAAAAAGAGGGCAUUUCCGCACACAUGUUGAUAUGAGAAAAGUUUCUUAUUUUGGCCUAUAGAAUAUGCUCUUAAAUUUUUUUGCAUCAAUUCUGGAACACCCUGUAUAGGGCUAGAAAGGCUUAGGAAGGGGUUAUUCUGAUUCUGGGAAUUGUUUUUUCAUGAACCAGCGUCGUUGUUGUUUAAGUAAUUACCACAAUACCACGGUAUCGGAAGACAGCUUUAUGGUAACUGUUUUCGGGAGUUGAUGUCCGGCACUUGUAAUGAUCCACCUUUUGACCCCCUCCCCCUACCCUUAGAUAUGACGAUCCAAACGUCCGUUUCGUUACUCUGAUUUUUUUAUAUUGAGUUUCUAGUUCGCGGGUCCCCAUGUGUGUCCGAAUUCUUGGUAUUAAAGAUCGGUGAGUGACUUUUAUUGCCGUCAACGGAUGACACCUUUCAAGUGCCGCCCCAACUUUCCCAGAUCUAGAGCGAUCUCCGUUAUUUAUUUAUAUUUUUUUUCUUCUCUGCGUACUCCAGAUAUAUAUUUUGUCUACUGAGUGCUUCGGCUGGACACAGGCGCCAAGUCUCUUAUUUUUUUGUGGAAGAGUUUUCGUUCAUCACUUUGAGACAUUUUUUGCUGAGACAAUAUGGCCCCUGCACCCGCGUGAUUGCACUUGUCGCAGCAUGGGAAAUGGUUCGUUAGAUUAUAAAUUUUUCCAUCUA